AUGACUGGGGACUCUCUGCUCCCGUAUCACACGGCCCAGAGCAGCACCGGGGUGGGCCUGUUCUACACCACCGUGGGGAAGCUGCAGCAGCAACUGCACAAGGGCGAAUACGACAUAUUCAGGUACGCACCGAUAUUCGAGAGCGACUUUAUCCAGAUCACGAAGAGGGGAGACGUGAUCGACGUGCACAACUGUGUCUGCAUGGUGACCGUGGGCAUCGCAUCCAGCAGCCCCGUCCUCCCACUCCCAGACAUCAUGCUGCUGGCCCGAUGGGCCACCGGCUGUGAAGAGCACGCUGAGCGCAGCCAGGCCACCAAGGGGAAGAGCCACAAGGCUGCAAAGACCUUAGAGCUCACCAGGCUCCUUCCCUUGAAGUUCGUGAGGAUCUCCGCUCACAAUCGUGAGAAACAACAGCUGCGCGUGAAGUUUGCCACUGGCCGCUCCUGCUACCUGCAGCUGUGUCCCCCUCUGGACGCGCAGGAAGACCUCUUUGCCUACUGGGAAAAGCUGAUUUACCUCCUGCGACCACCAGUGGACAGUCACAGCAGCACCUAUGCCAUUCCAGCCGGGGACAUGAUCGGCAUGCCUGUGUUCGAGGAGGAGGACGGGCGGAGCCCGGCAGGGGAGGAUUUCCAAGGAGAGUGGGAUCAGGACCAGGUCAGCAUCAGGAGCCUCCACAUGCGCUCUGAGGUGGCCGGGGCCACGUCUGCAGCGUUUGCUGGGGGGGAGGGGAUCCAACUGGACUCCCACAAGCCCGCUACCGUGCCCGAUGUGGCCACUGCAAAAGCAAAGCCUACGGUGCUUGACAAAGAGUCAGCAUCGGGGGCAACGACAAAGGUGGAGACAGCAUGGGUGGCAGGAGGCACCGCAGCGGGUGCUUUGAGCGUGGCAGUGAUCAAGUCUCCUGCCCCUGAAGAGCAGAGCACCGCCACGGCGGCCACAGCCAGCGACGGUCCAGGAGGAAGCAAAACCAAUAUAGCCACUGGGGGCACUGCCGGAACAUCCCUGAGGAGCAGGAAAACGGCCCUGGCAGGUGCUGCGGGCAAUUCACAGUAUGCUUCCAGCACGUCCACCAGCCUCUCCCCAGAGGCCGGCAGGACUGUGGUCGGAGCAGAACCUACCAGUGAGACUGUCAGAGGAAGAGCCAACAAGGAGGACGAGGGGUCCCUCAUCUCAACCUUGCCACAGGAAGGCCAAGCAGCGGGGAACAAGGUAAUCCAAAAAGCAGCUGGCCGGUGCUCAGGCGGCCGUAGAGCCACUAGAGACGACCAGAAGGAGAAAGGCCACGGCAGCCCGGGGGGCAGCGAGCAGGGCACUGGUCACAAAGGCGUCAGCCGUGCUCCCAUCACCAACGAGCCCAGGACCUCGCACAAACCGGGCAGGAGCUUAUCUACAGCGAGUUCAGCUUCCGCCACCAAGAGAUUCAGCAGGAUCAGCUCCUUCUUCAGGAAUAUCAGAGCCAGUCUUACUAGAAAGACAGCGGGCUCAUCACGCGAUAAAGGUGUGAACAUCCUGGCGAAGGCAGUGGAAGGGACCCGAAUGGAGGCCAUCAUAGAGACAGCAGAGAGUGGCCAGGGGCUGGAAAUCACUGGUGGUGUGACAUCUGAGGCCAUGGAGCCAGUGACCAUUGAAGCCCAUCAAUAG